CACGUGACAUUGCUGCAGACGACGCUCGACGAAAACAAGUCUUGUUUCACACUCUUUUUUUAUUCAAACCUGUGCAGUUGGAGUAAAAAUGUACUAAAUCGGUAGGGAAGAUUACUGUAAGAACAUUCAUAGAGAUUGUCAACUGAUUAUUGCAGUUGUACAAAAAAAGAAUGCAAACACAGAAAGAACCUUUCUUUAAACCACUAAGAAACGAUCACCAAAGCCAAGAGAAAACAAGACAGAGUAAAAAUGUCAGUUUAAGACAGACCGAGGACCUUGCAGUGAAUUCAGAGAGGCUCACAUCAUUGCAUGCCAAGUUGCACCAGGAGGCAGAUCGCAUCAGGCAAUGGAAAUACCAAACAGAAAAUGACCUCAAGCAAAAGGACAGGAAAAUUCAGGAGACAUCACAGACUAUUGAUACCUUGCGGAAGUCGCUUUUGGAGCUCCAGCUGCAGAAUGAGAGCCUCAGCAUGACUCUGCAGGAAGAAACAAGCAACAGGGAGGACAUUGUUCAAAGGGUGACAGCCACAAGACAGAUGUGUGCUGUUCUUAAGGAUCAUCUGACGAGAGCUGAAAACAGAAUUGUUAGCUGUGAAUCAGAAAAGAAAGAAAUACAAAAGAUGGAAGCUGACCACAAGUCAAUCUGUGAAGGUUUGACUGAGAAAUUCCAGCAACUGAAGUUUACUUCUAGAGAAGAAUGCAAUAAGCUCAACAAACAAUUGCAUCUUGCUCGCCAAGAGUCAACUGACCUGAAGGAGGAACUGAAGCGUCAGUCGGUCGAAGCAGAGGAACAGCUGAAACAUCUUCAAGAAAAGCUUGAUGAGAAGAACAUUGAGAUUAGAGACAUCAGGACACAGAUCCACAAAAACAAUGAGAAAAUUCACAGCCAAGAAAAGACUAUUGAUUCACUUAAAAAUAGCUUACAACAGUUGGAAAAAGACUUGCAGGCAUCAAAAGAAAAAAAUGAAAUGCUUUUUGGAGAAAUCAGUGAUUUAAAGAGCAACCAGACAGAGGUUGCAGAGAAGCUAACAUGCCGUGAAGGGGAGAUUACUGAGCUGACCUCAAGGAACUCGAGCCUGCAGGCAGAGUUGGAGACAAAAACCAAGCAGCAUGCUGACGAGCUGCAGGCCUUGCACAGAGAGUUGGAGCAGAACAAGGCACAGCUCAACUCUAAACAUAACAAAGUUCUGUUCCUGGAGAUAGAUUUAGAGAAGGCCAGGUCAGUUCUGGAGGAGGUCAAGAGUUCUAAAGAUAUGUUGAUCAUUGAGAAGGCAGAGUUGGAAAAUCGCCUCAAGGAGCUUGAAAUGCAAAAUGCUCAGCUGUUGGCCCAACAUCAGCAGAACUGUGAAGUGAUUCACCAGAUGAGCGGGUCUAUCUCUGAGCUGGAGAACCAACUGACAGCCAGUCAGCAAGAGGGCGCUUCUCUUAUGCAUCAGCUGAGUGAAAUCCAACGGCAGCUGUGUAGCAUGCAGGCUGAGAAGUGUCAGCUGGGAGAGAGAAUGAGGCUUUAUGAGUCCGAUGUACUCGCAAAACAGACUGGUAUCCUGGACCUGGAGAAGGAGCUGGCAGAGAAAGCCUCACACAUUGUCGGCCUCCUAGAGCAGAUUGACAUGCUCCAGGUGCAAUUGGCUUCAGAACAACAAAACCAUCAGCAUUCAAAAUCAGCUCUAAAUCUGACGCAGACUGAGCUGGGAGAGUGUAAACAAGACUUAAAUUGUAAAACAAAGAACAUCAGUAAACUGGAACAAGAUGUCCAGAAACUGACGAGAGACAACAUGAAGCGGUCCGAAGAAUUAGAAGCAAGCAAAAAUAUUGAAAGAGAUUUAAGGCAUUAUAGUUUUUAUUCUUUUUCCCAAUAUUUGUAAACAAAUUUAUGUGACUUCUAAUCAUUUUUUGCUGUUUGUUUUGUGAUU